AUGCAACUGUUUUCGAAAACUAACUACAAUUUGGCAGUGUACGCCGACGGUUCGGUUCGUGGCACCCGAGACGACAACGACCUCCACUCGCUUCUCGAAGUUAUAACCGCCGGCAUUCCGGGUCACGUAAGGAUUCAGGGAAUUUUAACUAAGCUGUUCGUCGCUAUGGACGGUCGGGGGCGCCUGUACGGGGAGCCGAACAUGUCGGAGGAGGGGACCGUUUUCAUCGAGAGCUUUCAGGGCUCUUACAAUACUUACCUGUCGAGAAAGUUCUCCCAUCUGGGAUGGUAUUUGGGAAUCAAAAAGUCCGGCAAGUUCAAGAAGGGAUCGAAGACGACUUACAGACAGAAGGCCGUCUUGUUUCUGCCCAGACGUUCAAAGUUUGCAUUCGAAAACGCUUAUAAUAUGUAA